AAGCCUCCUUUCUAUAGGCCUUGUAGUUACAACAGGACAGUUGUUACGGUAGCUAACACAUUUGUAUGUUGUGUUGUUGUACAUCUAUGGUGUAGCUCACAGUAAAUAUGCGGUGGCGUGUUUUUACCGUCUGUGUUGACAGAGUGACAGUCUGAGUUCACCAGUGUGUGUGUAAGCAGCAGGUGCUCUCCAUGCAGUGUGUUCCUUCCCCUUUGAGGCUGUCCCCAGCUCUUUGAACUACAGCUCCAGAGGCAGGAUGUCUGACAGUGGGAACCAGUCCUGUCUGAUGGGAGCAGAGGACACCGUCUCCUUCCUGGUGUGUGUCUUUCAUGCAUGUGAGGAAUGGGCAGGCCUCGGCCAGUUGGAGGACUACCUGAGUGUUCUGGAGUACCUGCUCUGGGUCUUCACCCCUCUGGCCAUCGUCUUCAUCCUGCCCUUCCUCAUCGUCAUCCUCCUGUACCUCUCUAUACUCUUCCUUCAUGUCUACAAGAGGAAGAAUCAGCUGAGGGAAGCUUACUGCAACAACCUGUGGGACGGAGCCAGGAAGACCCUGGCUACUCUGUGGGACGGACAUGGAGCCAUAUGGCAUGGUUAUGAGAUCCAUGGGAUGGAGAAGAUCCCCGACGACGGACCAGCACUGAUAGUGUACUAUCAUGGAGCCAUUCCCAUAGACUACUAUUACUUUCUGGCCAAUGUUAUCAUCCAGAAGGGACGGCCCUGCCACUCUGUAGCCGACCACUUCCUCUUCAAGGUCCCAGGUUUCAAGUUACUGUUGGAGGUGUUCAGUGUGAUCCACGGUCCUCAGGAGGAGUGUGUGCGGGCUCUGAGGAACGGCCACCUGUUGGGGAUUUCUCCAGGAGGAGUGCGGGAGGCUCUGUUCAGUGAUGAGACCUACCCUCUCAUCUGGGGCAAACGCAGAGGCUUCGCCCAGGUCGCCAUCGACUCUCAAGUGCCAGUAAUUCCAAUGUUUACUCAAAAUCUGCGGGAAGGCUUCAGAUCUCUGGGGACACUCAGAUUUUUCCGCUGGAUGUAUGAGAGUUUUCGCAUCCCUUUUGCUCCCGUCUAUGGUGGAUUUCCUGUGAAGUUCCGGACGUUCCUCGGUGAUCCCAUCCCGUAUGACCCCAACGUAAACGCCGCAGAGCUGGCAGAGAAAGUCAGUGAGCUUUCUUUCUUUCUUCUCUUCUCUUCCAUUUAAAUAAUAUACAGCAGGCGGUCCAGGCUCUGAUAGACCAGCACCAGCAGAUCCCAGGGAACAUCCUGAGAGCCUUGUUGGAAAGAUUCCACACCAAACACAAAGAGCACUAACAGCAGCAGUGCAACAACAACAGAGACAAGCUAUACGGUGCGUAACCAAAAGGACCCGUCACGUCGGCUCAGACGGCUGCAGUGUGCACAGGUUUGGUGGCCUCACACGUUGGAAUAUUUGCACAGCUUUCUUCUCAACACCACUGACUGCAGCUGCUGAGGUUCGUUUGACACACAUGUUCUUUGUAUCGCACCUUUCUCACAUGUUUCCUUGCGACUUAUCUGGUGAAUCUGUUUAAAAGCCAGACCUCCUGAAGUUGUGAUAUUGGACUUGACAAUAAUCAUACCUCAAAAAACGAUAAAUGAAAGGAUAAUUAUUUUUUCAAAACAGACAUGCACAAUAUCUAAUUCAGUGUGUUGUGAUGUCUUUGUCGUUGUAGAUGUUCUCAGUUUAAAUAUAUGGGAUUCAGACAACUUCUUUUUAUUGGAAAUUGUGAUAGAAGUACAUUUAUGUCAUCAUAAUGUUGGUUAGUCAAUACAUUUGGUUUAUUGUCCUUUACCUAUAAAUUGCAGUGACUAUGCAGACAAUUGUAUACUUAACAUCACUCUGAGUUUCACUCGACCUGGAGCAAGCACACACUAAUUCCUGACUCGACAGGCGGAGUAGACGGAGCUGAACGCAGCGGUUCAGUUGGCCCACUAUAAAAGGCGUUUUGGUUUUCAUGUCUUUAAAGUUAGAGUUUCCGGUAUGAGCCAGUAUAGUUGCCCCAGGUACAUACCAGACACUGACCUAAAGGUUAAAGGAGUAUGACAACAUGGUGUAACUUGUAUGUAGAGUUAGGUCUAGGUAUUGUUUAAGAGAUUACGAUACCAGUACUAGUAGGAAUGGGAAUCGCAGAACAUUUUUUGGACGCGCCACCAUUUUUGGAGGAUAGCGUACGGAGCUACAGUAGACUGUCAUUAUCUGUCACCGGUGUGUCAUCUGUCAAUCGUUCAUCAUCACAAAUGGAUAAAGUACGUUCGAAAGACGAAUGCCCAUAUAAAGAGAAGCUGACAGACACAAAGGGGCGACGUAUUACAAAAUUGAAGUUAGUUUAUGAUCUCCAUCCUUAUGAAUUAGGAGGACCUUAACAGUUUUCCAUCCAUUACAGUCAAUGAUGUGUUUUGGCGUAAGUGAAAACCUGUCAGCAGUUCACAAUAUGUAAAUCUUUCGGAGGCCGAUGUCCAGUUUAAAAACGGGCGGGUGUAUGACAUUAAGAUCUACAAGCCAAAUGCCAACUACACAAUCAUCCGGACAAAGAUAAACUAGCUAAUGCUAUGCAAACAGAAUACUAAAAAAAUGUUGACUAAUACUGCAUAUCUAAUCUACCGGUAUCUUGCAAAAUGAAACCCAUAACGUUAGCCUACCUUUGUGUCUGACUGUAUACUAUAUAUACUACAAUUCAGCUUUUGAAUAUUAUUCACUGUGCAGUGUUUAGUGUUAUCUUUUGAACAGCCAGCGGAUGACACUGGUACACUUUAUCCUCCAAAAAUGGCCAAUUUACUGUUGAUGACGUCACAUUCCCAUUCCUUAUACCAGUACCCUUAAAGUGAUACUGAUACCAAGAGAGUACUUCAUUUGAUACCUUUUUUUCUACUUCUUUCGAGACCCAUCAUGUGACUGGAAGCUGUGUGUGUGUGUGUAUCCAACUGACUAGCUGAUCACUACCGCUCUGCACUCAUUUGGCGGUUACCGCAACAAUGUCGUUCUGCCAUCGUGGGUCGGUACGCUGUUGUCGCGGAAGCAUAACGUACACCCUCACGUUAUCUCUUUCCUAGGAUGGCGAAGGCAUGACCCUCACUACUCUGCCUCUUAUUGGAUUACCCUGACGUUCUUACCCUAACCCUAACCAAUUUCACUCCUCAUGCCUAAACCUAACCAACGAAGGCAACGAGUACUAGCCAGUCGGAGGCAGAGUAGGGCGGGUCAUGCUAGGAAAACAAAAUUUGACCUCCGGUUCCCCCUAAGAUUAAUACUGUUAACUCUGUCAGCACUGCUGCCAUUGUUAGCAACGUUAGCCAUCGUCAUGUUGCGAGCCGUGUGCAGGCAAUCCCAGCUGUUUGGGUUGUAGCUGCUGUGGCAGUGGGCCAAUCACACUUGACAUUAAAUCAAAGGACGCUUGUGGUGAUUGGCUGCUGCAGCAAAACCAUACAAAUAGUCCUUUCUUCCAGAUCUGGGUACAAAAAGGAUCGAAUGCAGGUGACGUUUGACUGGAGAAGUUUGGAUACUCCUUGAUACUGGGUUAUUUCAGUCGAUACCUUAAAGGCAUCGUGUACCGAUACUCAGCCCUAUAUACACACAUACAAUAGAAAACAGCAUUCUUCAUUCUAGAGAUCACACAGUGUUCAUUAUAUUGACUAUACAUAAAUUCCAGUGGGUUUCUUUAUCCCUCAAUUCAUUGAUGAAUUAAUGCAGAUAAUGAUGCUUUACGCUUUAUUCUUCAGGCGUCUUACUUUUUUUCUAAUUUCCUGGAAAGUGUCCCAAUCAUUUAAAAAAAAUAAAAAAAAUAAUCUG